AUGGUUUUCCAUAGAUGUCAUAAUUUUCUUACAUUUUUGAUAUUUUAUUUUGGUGAUGUCAUAUUAUCUCGUACUAAUUUACCGUAUGAGUUUACACCAUAUGCUUGUCUAAGUUUUGGUAUUACUUAUUUGGCUGUAGCAAUUACACUUGUUUUUAUUUUGGACAAAGUUGGACGACGUUCAUUAUUUUCAUAUGGUCUUGUUGGUAUGGGAACUGCAGCCAUGGUUAUUGGUGUAACAAUAUUAAAGUCCAGAACCAUACGUUUAUAUCAUAUGAUAUUUUUGAAUAUAUUUGCUAUAAUGGGACAUACAGGUUUUUUUGCCUUGGGACCGGGUGCUAUACCGUGGCUCGUAACCAGUGAAAUGUUUUUUCAAUCUGAACGUGCCUAUGCUUCGAGUUUUGCUAUUAUUGCCAAUUGGUUAACACAUUUCGUUGUUGUUCAAUCAUUUAUACCGUUGUUUAAUGCCAUUGAUUCGAUAUUAUUUCUUAUUUAUGGUGGAAUUUGUUUAGGUGUCUUUUUAUUGACCUAUUUAUUUCUACCUGAAACACGUCGUAAAACACCGGGAGAAGUUCAAGUAUUAGUUGGAAAAGGAACAGUUUACAAAACAAAACAUCAACAAUAA